CUUUUCACCUGAGCAGUAACAAUGGCCAGCGAGGCUCAAAUGCCUCUCUCAUUCACCCUGCGAUAAUUUAUCAAUCUCCUCAAUAAAUACGCAAACCCUACUCCUCCCCAUCAUUCUCCAUCCCUCAACCUUCUUCGCCUCCUCAGAUUCCGUGGUGUUCGCCGCUUGUUAUCCCUUUUUACUGAUUUAGCCGGACGAGGACUCGAUUACGAUCACCGCCGCCGGAAGCGAUGUCGUCGGGAAGAUACAUGGCUUACUCACCGUAUCCCUCCGCCCCUCACUCUCCGCACAUCGGAGCCGCUGGUGGCGGCGGGGUUAUGCGCGCCGCCUCUGUGCUCAUGGAGCAAGAAAAGUACUUAUCAGAGUUGCUGUCUGAACGCAAGAAAAUCGAUCCUUUUGUGGCUGUGCUGCCAACUAGUUAUCGUUUGCUGAAUCAAGAAAUAUUGCGUGUAACUACACUGUUGGAGAAUGCAUCGGUAUUAGAACAAAAUGGGUUUGAACAAGCUAGCCCGUUGGCUUCAGCUGGAAUAUUUACAAAUGGAGGCGCUAACAACAGAUGGCCAUCACCAUUUCAAUCUGAAGUGUCGGGUUUGAUGCAGCCUUCUUCCUCACAUAAUUGGAUCGGCUCUCAUGGUAAGUCGUCAGGUCUUAUUGUCAAGCGACUUGUCAGAAUCGAUGUUCCAGUUGAACAGUAUCCAAAUUACAAUUUUGUCGGUCGCCUCCUUGGGCCUAGGGGAAAUUCUCUUAAACGAGUUGAAGCUGCUACUGGGUGUCGUGUUCUAAUCAGAGGACGUGGAAGUGUAAAGGAUCCAGAAAUGGAAGCGGCAGUAAGGGGAAAACCUGGAUAUGAGCACCUUAACGAGCCUCUUCACGUACUUAUUGAAGCAGAGAUGCCAGUUGAGAUAAUCGAUGCUCGUGUUAGACAAGCACGUGAGAUAAUUGAAGAUUUGCUUAAGCCAAUGGAUGAAUCCCAUGAUUAUUACAAGCAGCAGCAGUUACGUGAACUUGCCGUGCUCAAUGGUUCCCUUCGAGAUGAUGUGUCUCGGAUGUCUGGUUCAGUAUCCCCUUUCAACAGCAGUCUCGGGAUGAAAAGGGCAAAAAUAGGCGGGUGAAUUUUUAUUUUUAAAAUCUGCAGCUUAUGUUUCGUAUGGAAACAUAUAAUCUUCCGAUGAAAAGGGCAGUUUGACUGUGCCUCGAGGGUCUUUUGCUUUUGUGUGCUCGCGUGUUUAAAUAUGUGUUGUGUCGACUGGCCUUAGAGUAGUCUUAUUAUUUUCAUUUAUUAUGCAUCGUUUUAUCGAGAGUUUUUGGUUAUUUUUUAAUUUUGGGGGGUGGAGGUGUAAUUUGUGCAUGAAAAACUGAAAUGGGGUUUGUUUCUUUUGGAAAAAGAAUAAUAAAAAAAAAAGAAUAAAAGAAAAAAAAAAUAAAAACAAAAAAUGGGGGAGAUACUGUUUUCCUCUUCAUCAGUUCAUUGUGUAUUAUCUGUAUUUUUUCAGCUAUGGUAUACAUUCUAUGUGUUGGAUUGUUGUAUUUUGCUGUACUUAUUGUAUUUUUAUGAGUUAAUUACUAUUGUAGACUUGGUAAAAGUGGUGUUAAUUAUACCCACUAAAUGAUGUAACAAGAUAUUAGCAUAUUAUGCAUGGUAAGG